AUGUUAGAUGAACUAUAUAAAGCAGAACGUGGAGAGAUGGAAAAGAAACUUCAAGCAAAAGAUGAAGUCAUUGAAUCCAAAGACAAAAGCAUACAGAAAAGAAUACCGCGUUCAGUACCAAAAGGAAAGGAAAAGAGUUAUAAGUAUAUGAUAUAUACUGAAGAGUUGGAGAAAGAAGAAGACAGAGAUAUGGUUAUGUUGCAUUUAGUCAGAAGAAACAACAAAAGCUUUUAUGACCUUGCUAAGAUUUACAAAUCUGACAGAAACUGGUUCUAUCGUGAAAACUUACCGAUUUCAAUGACACCGAAUGAGCAAAUAAAGGAAAUUGUCAAAAAUACUCUUCCUCAAACACACUAUGACAUCAAAGGUUGCACAAUACUUACAUUCAAAGAAGACUUAACAUUACUGAAGGAAAAAAUAACAGAAUAUUUCGAUAACUUCAAAGAGGAAGAAUAA